GAUGUAAACUGAAAUAUGGGUGUAAUCUUCAGUGAGACCUCACAAUAUAUUGUAGUGUUGUGGUCAGGCUUGGACACACUGCUUCUUGACAGGUUCCUGAAGAUGUCUUGUUUGAAGAGUUACCGUAAUGCUGAUCCUUUGGUGCAAUAUUGUGUAAAUCAUUCAUUGAGAUUAACCGACGUGCAAAAACGACUGAAUGACGCAACUCUUCAACACCGUAGAGCGGCGAUGUUGGGGGCUCCUGAGGUUCUGCAGCUCAAUGCCAACAUAAUGCAGGCUAUCGGGGCAAAGAAAGUACUAGACAUUGGGGUGUUCACAGGCGCCAGUUCACUCUCUGCUGCUCUGGCACUGCCUCCUGAUGGGAAGGUCCACGCCCUUGACAUAAGUGAAGAGUUUACCAACAUAGGCAAACCGUUCUGGGAGGAAGCUGGAGUUAGUAACAAGAUAAAUCUGCACAUUGCUCCAGCUGCUGAGACUCUCCAGAAGUUCAUUGACGCAGGAGAAGCAGGCACCUUCGAUUAUGCUUUCAUUGAUGCCGACAAGGAUGGUUAUGAUCGAUACUAUGAACUUUGCCUCAUUCUCUUGCGCCCUGGUGGAGUCAUCGCCUUCGACAACACACUCUGGGAUGGAGCUGUGAUCGACCCCACUGAUCAAAACCCUGGCACCCUGGCUAUUAGGAAAAUUAACGAAAAACUGAGAGAUGACCAGAGAAUUAACAUCUCCUUCCUGAAGAUUGGUGAUGGCCUGUCUCUCUGUUUUAAAAAAUGAUUUUUUUUAUUCAUGUUCCAGGAGAAUGCUAAUGGCAUUGACAAUUAUUAGACAAUUUGACCCCCAACAUCGUCCAUUGUUACGGAUUUUACGGAUGAUCAUUAUAAAAACACUUUUGAGAGCUGGUGCACUGUACAUGUGAAUGUGUGAGUAUUAAUCUUAAUUCUCACAGAUGUUCCAUGGCACGUUUAGACCUAAAGAAAGACUUUAAUUGCAGUUUUCAUCUGUUCACUUGUAAGCUUGCCAGAAGUACUACACGUUACUAUCUUUUAUUGACUUAUAUGUAAAUGUAAGAGCAAGUACACACACACUAUAUAUUCUCUGAAUAAAAAUCCACGUUCUCA